UGGGAACAGAGCGCUGACGCCGAGCGGGAGGCGGCGCGGCUGUAGCGCCGCGGGGUGGGCCGCGCGGGUGGCUUUCUGCGGCCGCGUCUCCGCCAGCUCCCUCGCCACCCCUGGGGCUCUGUGCAGCUCCAGCCCGCCCCGAAGCCGCCGGCCGUGACGGGCGGCCGCACCCGCGUCCCGCCUCAGCGCCCGGAGGACAUGCGGGAGAGAGAAUGAGCCAGAGGGACACGCUGGUGCAUCUGUUUGCUGGGGGAUGUGGUGGUACAGUGGGAGCUAUUCUGACAUGUCCACUGGAAGUUGUAAAAACACGGCUACAGUCAUCUUCUGUGACACUUUAUAUCUCUGAAGUUCAGCUGAACACCGUGGCUGGAGCAAGUGUCAACCGAGUAAUGUCUCCUGGACCACUCCACUGCUUAAAGAUGAUUUUGGAAAAAGAAGGACCUCGUUCUUUGUUUAGAGGAUUAGGCCCCAAUUUAGUGGGGGUGGCCCCUUCCAGAGCAAUAUAUUUUGCUGCUUAUUCAAACUGCAAGGAAAAGUUGAAUGGUGUAUUUGAUCCAGAUUCUACCCAGGUACACAUGAUUUCAGCUGCAAUGGCAGGUUUUACUGCAAUCACAGCAACCAAUCCCAUUUGGCUUAUAAAGACUCGAUUACAACUUGAUGCAAGGAACCGUGGGGAAAAGCGAAUGGGAGCUUUUGAAUGCGUUGGUAGAGUGUAUCAGACAGAUGGACUUAGAGGAUUUUAUAGGGGCAUGUCUGCGUCAUACGCUGGCAUAUCAGAGACUGUUAUCCAUUUUGUUAUUUAUGAAAGUAUUAAGCAAAAACUACUGGAAUAUAAAACUGCUUCAACAAUGGAAAAUGAUGAAGAGUCUGUAAAAGAAGCAUCUGAUUUUGUGGGAAUGAUGCUAGCUGCUGCCACCUCAAAAACCUGUGCCACAACUAUCGCAUAUCCCCACGAAGUUGUAAGAACAAGACUACGUGAAGAAGGAACAAAAUAUAGAUCUUUAUUUCAGACACUGUCGUUGGUUGUUCAAGAAGAAGGUUAUGGGUCUCUUUACCGUGGUCUAACAACUCAUCUGGUGAGACAGAUUCCAAACACAGCCAUUAUGAUGGCCACUUAUGAACUGGUGGUCUACCUACUUAAUGGAUAGCAACAUCCGGCUGCCAUAAUACAAAGAGGGAAGACCAAAAGAUUACAGUGGACCAUGGAAUAGCGAAACCAGCAUGGUGGACAGAAGGAAAAUAGUUUGGGAACAUGUAACUAUGCCUAAGUGGAAGUUUGGUUGUAGGAAUAAAUCAUGCCGCAUUACUCAGACUUUUAGUAGUGUGGGGGGAAAAAACUUGACUGCCUCCAAGGAAAUGCCUUUAGAAGCACUCCUUCCUCAAAAUUGCCAUUUUCUCUACCAUGUCCACAGGAGACACAGUUGCAUUUUGUUGAUUUGUGGCAGUCAGCACACAGUGUUUAUCUCACGAGCACUUCUCCAGUCUUCUAAACAAAACCAUCCUUUUUGCAGACUGUGCCAUCACUAUCCAAAGGCAGUUACACAUUUCUACCUUCUGGCUUCUGUUUAAGUCCUAUAAAUUGCAAAAUAGCAACAGUAAUUCAGUAUUACUUUCCCCUUUUCUUAAAAGAAUCAGGCACCACAGUAGUUUUAAAGUAAUUAUUUGGCAUUAGUCUCUUUGACAACCAAUGAAAUACUGUCUAAAGAUCUUUUGUAUUUUUAGCUUUAAAAUAUUUUGGUUUCCAUGCAAACAGGUGCUUAGUGUUACACAUAACUUGGACAUUUACAUUAGUAUUAUAUCAAAUUUAAAUGGCAAUAGUUUCAGACAAAAUAGACCAAUAAAAUGUUGAUUCUAGGUCACUUCAGUGACUUGUGCAUGUAUUCACAUUUGCUAACUUUAUGAUACAUGACUCACCAGGAUGUCUUUUCAGUGACUGAUUACUUAUGAAUUUAAAUUCUCACUUGUCUAUACCUAGGUUGUCAUUUUCUUAAUGGAAAAGUUUACCACUUGUGAACAUUUCUCUGUUUGCUUUCAUAUCAAAAAUAUGAACUUUUUAAUUACUUCCAAAGAUCUGUAUAGAUUGCCUUUAUUUUCCAGAGGAAAUGGUAAUUUUCAGUUUGGCCUUUACACACUUUUAAAGGUGGUAGUAGAAAUAACCCGGAGCAGUUAUAAACCUUGUAGAAAAGGAGCCCUGUGCUGUAGGAACAGGUUGUGAUCCUUAUCACGUUAGGGCUUUAUAAAUGAAUAAAUUGCCUUUGACAAAAAAUUUAUUCUGUCCUAAUUUCUUGAAUGGAAAUCAUAGAUCCACAUUGAUUCAGAUAAGUGUGCUAAUAGGAGAUCACUUUUACAAUAUGCUGUUGAGUUCAACUGCACCUUUUAAUACUUUCAAUGUAUUGUAUGAAUGGCCCUCAUGGAGAUGUUUCUGUAAUUCUGUUAAGGACUUUUCCUUAUGGAUGUUGCUAUACUGGUAUAUAAAGCCUCUAUAACUAAACUCCAGUGUGGUACUCAUUUUGUAUACCCAAAAUGUACAUUUUGUGCAGUGGCUUUAUCUUAAUGACUCGUAGUGAAUGCACUUUGUGGCCUUCUUUUAGGAAGGAGGUGUGAGAGUAGGAGAGAAUUUCAUGUUAAGAUUUUUUUUAAAGAUUGGUCAUGUAUUAGGCAGAAACAGUGUUCAUGACAUUUUUUCUGGGCUUUAGGUAUGUUUUGAAGAUCUUCAGUAUAAACGUGUUAUAUAUUCUGUGUACUCUGUAGUGCCCCUAAAAUUGUAAUGUGUCAUUUGUAAGCUUUCUUUAUCGUCACCAAUGAAACAGUGUCCUCCUAAAUUCCUCUACCUUCUUAACUUCCUUGUAAUCAACAGUAACUGGAUGUUUUUGAGGUGCUUUGAUUGGAAUUAAAAAUAUUCCAGUCUGUUUGGAGACCAAAGGCAAAUACAGUUUCAUUACCUUUGGAAUUACUCAAACCCUCUGUGGUGAAUUUCAGCUUUGACAUUUAUUUGAGGAACAUGCCAAAAAGAAAAAGAAAAAAGACAGCCAGUAGUGGGUUUUUAAUUUAAUUUUGUAGAGAAAGUCUCAAUCUAUAGUGUUUACCUUUUCAGGUGCCACUUACACUGCCUAACACAGUGCCAUUUGCCUUGUGGUGAUCUGUAAACACUAGUUGUGUUGAAUGCAGGACAAAGAUUCUCCCUACUCCUAAUGAUCUCAGUGUCCCACAUUGAUUAAGAAUGAUAUGAAAACCAGCAGCUAAGGAACAUUUUACAUUUAGUUGUAGCAAAUUCAUAACAAGUGUCCUUCAUAGAUGAACAUGUAUUCUUUCUGUUCCUGUUUUUUAGCAAGUAAAAUUUCUGUUGACCUUUAGUACAUCAAAUUCAGCUUUUAAAAGUGUUAUGUAUGUAUUGGAAGGAAAAAGAUCUUAAGAGUCCUAGACUUUGUUUCUUUGUGCAACAACUGGAAAGGAACAAGUUGCCUACCCCUCCCCCCCCCAACAAACAGUUUACUUGAAGUGUGAUACUAAAAAUUUAAAAAAAAAAAACAA